AUGAGCGGCCCUCGCUUUCGGAAGCCUUUUGACUCGGCUUCAGACAUCAAAGACCGAAAAUCGGACCAAACCUCGUUGGCGCCACCACGUCCUGGCGCAACUGCUAGUGAUACCCCGGACUACUUUAAUUCCGUCCACAACCCUUUCUCGUUGGAGCCCAAUCCGUUUGAGCAGUCCUUCGGAGGAAACCCAGGUGACACUCCAGGAAAGUCACUACUACCAUCCGUUGCUGCUCUCACAUCGCCAGCUCUGCCUGGCCCCAGUUCCGGUGCUGCAUAUAACUGGUCCAACUCCCUGCGAUCAGGGCCCUUGAGCCCAGCCAUGCUUCCCGGUCCCACCGGGUCCAAUGACUACUUCGACAGCAUCGGUCGAGGCUUCCCCACGCCGAAUGAGUCCUCCCUUCGCACUGGACUGACCCCCGGCGGUGGUGGUUCCAUGUUCCCUGCCCCGAGCCCUAACUCACAGGCUUUGCUACAGCAGCUUCAGAAUGGCGGUGCAACCCCAUCAACCAUCGAAUUUCACCGCACUGCUCUCAAUGCGAAGAAGAAUAGCGUCGGUGGCCCUACCUCCAAUCCCAAUGACACAGAAUUGAUUGUUCCGAAUACAACCAUGGAUCCAAAGGCAUCUCAGGCCGCGGCUGACUUAACUCAGCAUGACGCUGCGGAUGCCGCCAAUGGCUUAUUCAUGUUGGCCAAGGGUGGUCAGCCCAACAACAUUCAGAUGCACCAGGCAACGGCCAUUCAGAACGAGACCCGUGCCGCCGCCGCCGCCGCUCGGCGUGUAUCGCGAAACACUAAUGGCAAUGUUCAUGAAAUGGAAGGUGAAAUCUCCGAACAAGAAUAUGCUAAGCCUACCAAGGGAAAGGGCAAGAAGAACGCCCCCAAGGCCAAUAACCGACGCAAGGCAGAUGACAUCGGUAAAGCCUCUAAUAAGAAGAUGAAGAUGAGCGACUCGCCUUCAGAAAUGGAAUCUGACGACGAAGAUAUGCACAACAUGCAUGGCGGCGAUCCUAAGAAAAUGACUGACGAAGAAAAGCGACGCAACUUUUUGGAGCGGAACCGUGUUGCGGCAUUGAAAUGUCGUCAGCGAAAGAAGCAAUGGCUUGCUAAUCUCCAGGCUAAGGUGGAGCUCUUUUCCACUGAAAAUGAUGCCUUGACCGCUACAGUAGCCCAGCUCCGAGAGGAGAUUGUGAAUCUUAAGACAUUGUUGCUGGCCCACAAGGACUGCCCCGUCUCCCAGGCUCAAGGUCUUGGCCCGCUUAUGAUGAACGGAAUGUCGACCGGCUUCGACCCCCAUGGUUACGGUAUGAGCCAAAUGGGUAUGCCGGGUUCUCAAAUCCCCGCCCAGAUGCGCCGGGCAUGA